AAAAAUAAAAUGUAAAAGGGAAUGCAGACCCAUUAGCAGUAGUUUCAUAUAUUAGUCAAAAUAUUUACUAGUACCAGUGGUAUCUGUGAGUAUAACGCUAUCGUUUUUUCACUUUAUCUGGCGCUAUGGUUUCACCUAUAUACGAAAAUGUAAGGUUAAUCAAGUUGUCGUUGGUAACCAAACUUUUAUUACUGAGUGUUUCCCCUAGCAUGAUUACUGAAAAAAAACUACAGAAUGGGUCUUCAAUUCGUUAAGAUAAUGCAAGACAUGACACUUCGGCAAAGGAAAGGAAAAGAGAUCUCUUGCCCAGAUUAAGAUCAAGCCAGUCAUCAUUAGUUGGCAGUCAUCUGUGCAGAUGGAGAAGCUAUUAAUUGGUACUCUUGAAUACUUAAAUUGGAGAAAAUUUAGGACGUAGUAAAAUUUUAAAAGUCUUCCGCAUCCCAUGACAUAAGAGUUCAUUACUGUGAAUAAAAAAUACACUGUAACCCCUAAAGGGAUAAAAAUAAUUAUGACAGAUUAUUUCCCAUUACGGCAGGUAAUGAGGAGACCCUGGUUGUUGCUGUACUUAAGUCUGUUUAUAGUAAAUGUUGUUGGAAUAAAGUGAUCUGCGAAGUUGUUUUUGGAGAGCUCUUGUGCUCCUAAAUCAGCGCCAGUUAAUACUUGAUGAAUUUACAGAGAUUCUGUUGCACCGGGAUUUGAUUUGCCUUGUGUUCAAACUGGAGAUUCACUUGGAAGAUACUCUUAAGACGUGACUUGAGAUGGCAAGCCUCCAUUGGGGUCCUAGCGGAGGGACUUGAAUUAGAAUAGGAAAACAGUUGAAAGCAGGAACAUUUCCUUGGGGAGUCCAUGCUUUUCCAGGUCACUUUACCUUCCAGUGGGAUGAAACCUGAACGUAUUCAGCCCUAAGCACAAGAUACUAACGAGUAAUGAAAUUAACAGCAGGAGCUGUGCAAUCAGUUGUCACUGAAAAUGUCUGACAGUCUGGAUAACGAAGAGAAACCCCCGGCUCCCCCGCUGAGAAUGAACAGUAACAACCGAGAUUCUUCGGCACUCAACCACAGCUCCAAACCACUUCCCAUGGCCCCUGAAGAGAAGAAUAAGAAAGCCAGGCUUCGCUCUAUCUUCCCAGGAGGAGGGGAUAAAACCAAUAAGAAGAAGGAGAAAGAACGCCCAGAGAUCUCUCUUCCUUCAGACUUUGAACAUACGAUUCAUGUGGGGUUUGACGCAGUCACCGGGGAGUUCACUCCAGAUCUCUAUGGCUCACAGAUGUGCCCAGGGAAGCUCCCAGAGGGAAUCCCUGAGCAGUGGGCACGGUUACUCCAAACCUCCAACAUAACAAAACUGGAACAGAAGAAGAACCCACAAGCCGUCCUGGAUGUUCUCAAAUUCUACGAUUCCAAAGAAACGGUCAACAACCAGAAAUACAUGAGCUUUACGUCGGGAGAUAAAAGCGCACAUGGAUACAUAGCAGCCCAUCCCUCGAGUACAAAAACAGCAUCAGAGCCUCCUUUGGCCCCUCCUGUGUCUGAAGAAGAAGAUGAAGAAGAGGAAGAAGAAGAAGACGACAAUGAGCCCCCACCAGUUAUCGCGCCGAGACCCGAGCACACGAAAUCAAUCUACACUCGUUCUGUGCUGGAAUCCAUUGCUUCACCGGCAGCACCAAAUAAAGAGGUCACACCACCUUCUGCUGAGAACGCCAAUUCCAGUACUUUGUAUAGAAACACAGAUCGGCAAAGGAAAAAAUCCAAGAUGACUGAUGAGGAGAUCCUAGAGAAGCUAAGAAGCAUUGUGAGUGUCGGUGACCCAAAGAAAAAAUACACAAGAUUUGAAAAAAUAGGUCAAGGGGCGUCAGGUACUGUUUACACAGCGCUAGACAUUGCCACAGGACAAGAGGUGGCCAUAAAGCAGAUGAACCUUCAACAGCAGCCCAAAAAGGAAUUAAUUAUUAAUGAAAUUCUGGUCAUGAGGGAAAAUAAGAACCCCAAUAUUGUUAAUUAUUUAGAUAGCUACUUAGUGGGUGACGAACUAUGGGUAGUCAUGGAAUACUUGGCAGGUGGCUCUCUGACUGAUGUGGUCACAGAAACCUGUAUGGAUGAAGGCCAGAUAGCAGCUGUCUGCAGAGAGUGCCUCCAAGCUCUGGAUUUUUUGCACUCAAACCAAGUGAUCCAUAGAGACAUAAAGAGUGACAAUAUUCUUCUUGGGAUGGAUGGCUCUGUUAAAUUGACUGAUUUUGGGUUCUGCGCCCAGAUCACCCCUGAGCAAAGUAAACGAAGCACUAUGGUGGGAACUCCCUACUGGAUGGCGCCUGAGGUUGUAACUCGAAAAGCCUAUGGUCCGAAAGUUGAUAUCUGGUCUCUGGGGAUUAUGGCGAUCGAAAUGGUGGAAGGUGAACCACCUUACCUUAAUGAAAAUCCACUCAGGGCAUUAUAUCUGAUAGCCACUAAUGGAACCCCAGAGCUCCAGAAUCCUGAGAGACUGUCGGCCGUGUUCCGUGACUUUUUAAAUCGCUGUCUUGAGAUGGAUGUGGACAGGCGAGGAUCUGCCAAGGAGCUUUUGCAGGGGUUCGUCUAUCUGAUGAUCGUGAGUACCGAUUGUGUGCCAAAUUCUUUACACACAUUAUCUCGUCUAAAUCUGAAAGCAACUCUACAGGCAUCCAUUUUUAAAAUUAGCCAAGCCUCUCUCCAGCCUGACUCCUCUGAUUAUCGCUGCAAAAGAAGCAAUUAAGAACAGCAGCCGCUAGGACUGCGAGCCUUACCCCACACCAUCUCCCUCCUGAGUAAGAAUGAACUGAAACUCUGCUGCAGGAAAAGAUGGAAGAAAAGACAGUCAAAUGGGGUGGGGGGGGUCUUUAACUUUCAAAUGAAUAGAAACUUCUUAUAAGCCUUUUUCCUACUCCCUCAGAUUAUGUAAUUUAUUUGUAAGCCUGAUCGCAGCCUGACCAGGGCAGCAAUGUCGAAGUGGCUAUCAAGUGGUCACUUUUACCGUGAAGCGAAAGAGCCAGUAGUGAAUCCCCUCAUUUUGUGCAUUCACUUUGAAGAAAAAAGGGUUUCUCAAAGAUGCACACUCCCUCUUCAUAGUGUCGUGUUCGUUUUUAAGUUAGAGUAGUCCCUCUUGCAUUCGAACUUCCUUCAAAACUCCUUACCCAAUGUGAUGUUUUUCACUUGCAUUGUCAUUAGAUGUCCAGAAAAAAAAGAAGACGUCAAAACUUUUUUUAAAAAAGAAAGCAAAAAACAAAAAGUAAAAACAAAAAAAACCCACAAAAAACAAAAACAAAACAAAACAAAACAAAAAAAAUACCCCAGAGCAAGUACUGUGUGAACAUGUGGAAGUCCAUGCCCUAAUAGAGUUGCAAUUGUUUAUUCUUCUAUAGUGGUGGCUUGGUUUGUGUACCUGUCUUUCUGCAUUUGUAUUGGAAAAGGUUUCUUUUAAGGCAUUUUUCCGAAAGCAGAGAGGAAUAUGUGUGUUCAGGGAGGGCUUUUAAAAACUGUCUAGCUAAAUAAAGCUCAAAUGGUGAGAACCUGUCACAUUUUGAGGACGAUGCUUAAGAGGUAGUUGAUGUAUCAUUUCUGUAAACCAGCUCGUUCAUCUUCAUGAUGCCUGACAAUGGACACACUGAAGCUUGUGGCCCUCCUACUGGGGGAAUCCAGGUCCUCAACCUAGGAAACCCCCGAUAGGAGAAACCAUUCUUAAACAAAGACAGGACUUUUCUCUGAGAGCCAAAAGGAAAGCAAGAAGAGUGUGCAAUACUGAGAUCUUUGUUGGACAGAAGGAAACAAAAAUCAAGAGACCGAAUUUAAUCCUCUCACAUGCUUGUGGAACACAGGCAUCGUCAAAUAGGCACAUUAGCAGGAGGCAGACCCAUCAGCCAAUAUUUGCUUAUGAUCAGAAUCAUGUGACACGUUAUCACAUUUUAAAAAUGUCUUAAAAGCCCUGGAGAACAGAGCUAGUGUAAGUAUUCGGCCCUGUCAGGAACGAGAGGUCCAUGAAAACUACAUCCCCGUCAACAUUUGACUCCAAGUACUUAUUCCCAUUUCCCCCGUCUCACCGGUUCCUCUUUCAGGGUAUACCAUGAUCAGAUGUCGUCCUUUGAGCUUUUGAAUUUCAAAAACAUGUUCAGACAGAUCUGGAAAUUCUCCAGUAGAAAAUAAUUAGGGUUUGCAGUCAUACAUCCCAAGAAGUAGCAGUCCAACCAUGUAUCUACUUAUUAAAAAUUCAACAGUUGGCACUUCCUGAAUCUUCUGAGAGCAGAAAAAUAUCUGAAGGGUGGCUACAUAGAAAAGGAUAUAUUUCUCUUUCAAAUGUAUUGUCAGUCUCAUAAAUUCUGCGAAGUGGCCUCUCUAAGCCUUUGAGAAGCUAACAGUUUGUGCGAUAGAAGGCUUUUUGGUUGGUAACUUACCGAGAAGCUGAAUAAGAACCAAUCUACAUUCAGCAAGAGGGAGAAAGAGAUCAAUGGCCCGGGCCUCUCUUCUUCUCUGCUAAGGUCCAUCUGUCCAUCUCACCAUCCACCCAUUCCUCAAAAUGCAAGCACUUUCUUUAGAGAGUUUCUGCUCACCAUAUAGUGCACGUGUUUAUGUUUAGGAAAUGGCACCACUGGUGGAGUUCCUAUUUUCGUAUUGUUUCCUUUGACUAUAAAAGUUGGGAGGGGCUUGGCCCCCCUAGAAAACAUCCACAGUGAGAGAAAACAACAGAUGCGCAAAAGAAAAUCAAAUGGUUAACAUUCAUUUGAAGCAUGCUGUGUUCCACUUUGCAAAAAGGUGGUUGGGCCUGAAAUUUUUAAUGCCACACUGUUCUAAUGAGAGCGAGAGAGAGAGAGAGCCCUUAAUUUUUAUUUCAUUUUAAGUUAAAUAUUUUUUUAAUGUUUCAUUCAUAGUACCAGGGAAUUCGAUGAAAUAAUACCUGGGGUGUGAAUAGAAUUUAGUACACUAACUCUGCCCUGCUGGUGGAGAGAACCACGAAGCUGGUGGGGAAGCCCUAGUUGCUGAUCAGCGUCCCUUCUAUGUCAUAAAGGCCUUUUUUGGCGGGGACAGACCUGGAAUAGUGAUCCAAUCACUGUAGGCAGAGAAAUGGUAGCUGUUUGAUGCUUUCGGUUCUGCAUUUUAACAACGAGGAGCCACGUACUUCUUCGCCACACCCCCAUCGUACUAAGAUUCUAUGGUAAUAUAGUGCAGUAGGCUUUACUCUUACAAAUUUAUGUCUAUGUAAAUUUUUAAACAAGAACGGCUUCUAAAGCCCCUCCCCCGUGUUGGAGAGUUAUGUAUAUUUCUAAUAAGUAUUAGCGAGAAGCUGUUUCUCCUGCCAAAAUAAUGCUGAAGGAUUCACAUUGGGUACACUUGAACAACUUGGACUCCAGGUGGUUAAUCGUUUAGUCCCUUUCUCUGAAUUUUUUUUUAAAGCUCAUCUUGACACAGAUGAGUUUAUCUAGAUCUUUAAAGUUGCUAGCGUGCCCGGAGAUAACGGGGGCACUUUGUGGAAUGUUGAUUCCAAAAUGUCCUGAGAUAGGGAUAGGGCAGUGGGAAAGUCAGGGAAGGGUGAGAAGCACAGUAGAGAUUAUUUAUUUAAGAAAGAAAAGAACAUUAAUGUUGUAGCAAGGAUCCGGUGCGUUGUCAUAAUCCCAUGAGGAUUUUUUGGAUGACACGAUCCCCCCCAAAUCAGUCACCAUGUUGGGUAAUGACUUCGUUCUUGCUGAUCUCGUCUAUGUGUUAUUGUAAAUAUUUGUGUGUCCAUGUUCCGUUUUGGCUACUGGAUGGCCAAGUCAUCUAAGAAGAUUUAACUCAAGUAUUUAUUCUUUAAUUGUGUUACUCAGAUUUCUUCAGGCUUGUGAAUUGCACCCCCGAUGUUGAGUUUAACCGCCUGAUCCCCCACAUCUAUCCCUCCCCUGUGAAGCACAUUCCAUUGCUAAAAGAAAAAGAAAUAUGAAAUUGCUUCCUGUCGUCUGUAUAACUGUUUUGAUAGUUUGAGAUGUUUGUCUAUAAAGGAUAUUUCUCAGCUCAAAGAUCGUGUAAAUAACUAUAUUCAUUUGCGCAGUGGGUUGUUUAUUUCUAACGAGGCUGCCAGUUCUCAGAGAGAAUCUAUCAGACCACUUUUAAAUAACAUAAACAGGGAUCACAACUUUGUAAAACUAAGUGUGCAUAACUGACAAAGACUGGGAACACAGGUCAUUGAAAUCAGUUGUGUUAGGGUGGUGGGAUUAUGCAAAACAGUUUUUUUUCCUUUCAAAAUUUUCUUUGGUAUUGUUAUCAUAUUGGUUUAUAAUAAAUAAACAGCAGGAAGGGGACUAUAGAAACAUACAAAAGAUGCCAGAAGCAGAUGUCUUCUGGCCAGAGCCCAGAGCAUGCAGGGCCCAGAUAUCUGCUAGUUACAGUUAUUCCAUAGGCUUCAUAUUUGCUGAGGUUGGCACACGCUCGGGUACGGCAUGUGCUUUCUUAGGGAACUCUUAUCUCUAAGCGGAAGCGAGGGAGGUGUCGCUAUUCGAACUCCAGACACAUCCUUCUGCUUUCAAAGUGGCCACCCUCCUCUUGGGCGUGACAGGGAGGUUUCUGUUUUGGUUACUAUAGACUUGCGGGGGGGUGACAUUUGAUUCGCCCCCUUGAAAACAUGUUUCGGGUAUCACCUUUCUGGCUCAUGUUAGCAAAUUUUCGGGUAGAAUUUUGGAAGAAUAGAAGGAUGAAUCAAUCCCCCGGCUCUCACCGUGUCCUUGUCUGACCUGAUGUUGUAUCAUUCAGGUAGGGGUCUCCUGUUAGUGACCAGUGGGCAAGUCCCUUUGAUUUCAAUAGAAGUUAUGACUUGCAAUUAAAAGCUGACUGUGAAAACAUAAAGACAAAUAUUUAGAGCUGCCUUUGCCUGUUGGUCUUCAGCUCCUGUUAGCUUUGGCUGGAGAUAGCCCCCGUGUGCUUUCUGUACUGCCUGACUUACAGGGUGUAUGCAGCAACUACUGUCAUUUUUAAAGAGCAGAAGGGAGACCGUCUACUGGAAGAGAGGAAUUUUUCUCUAACUCACCGAAGAAAUUGUAGGUGACAAGUUUUAUAAUGAGGUAGUGGUCUCAGAUGUUAACUCAGGUUCCCCAAGAGCAGACCUUAUACCCGGAGAGCCCACUUUUCAUUGGCCAUCUUCAACAUAAAAAUACUUCCCGGGACUUCUAAUGCCCGCCAUCCUCGGUCCAAUCUCAUGGUCCUUUUCUGAGCUACUUGUAGUAAAUAUUCAGUUAAACACAGGCAUGGCCAGGGAUGCAAGCUUCUCCCUGUCUCUGAGCAAGAGGACUGAAACUCAGCAUUUGUAAAUUGACGGUCUAAUAGGCCUGGGAUUUUGAGUAAACUUAACACACAAUUCUGAACAUAUAUUUGCAUGUGGCUCGAGAAAAUGGUACCUUGGAAGUAAUGAAAAUAUUUUUCCUAAGAAAGAAUUUUUCAUAAGAGAUUUGGUUCCGAUACAGUCUCUUCUGUUGGUUAGCUAUAAUUGUUUCACUCCCUUCCCGAUCCCACGCUCCUUUAGUGACCAAAUGAGUAUCACCCAACUCCUCAUGCACUGGGAAUGUCUGUUUGAUAUUAAACAAUAUCUCACCAAAUCUGCAAAUGCAGGAACGGAGCUAGGGCCUCCAUGCGCACACUUCUGAGUGUGAAUAUACAACAUUACAAGCAGCAUUUCCUGCCACGAAAUACAGUCAAGCUUGCAGGAUAAACUGAUAGCAGCUGGUCAGUGCCAUCACAGUCUCCUCUGGAAGUUGCCAUCAGGUGAAUGCUACGAGCCGUGAGGGAGGUACCGUGUUCACGUGGUUUAGUACCUAAGAGGAAAUCAACAGCAAUUAUGAAGAAGCAAGCAUACAUAGUGGAGGGAGUACCAGCCUGGGAGUAAGGAACCUGGAUUCUUAAUAGAAGCUCUGUUGCUCACUUAGUGUGUGGCCUUGGGCAAGUUACUCAACCUUUUCAUGGCCGUUCCUUCAUCUGUAAAAUAAGGAUAUCGGACUAGAUGACCUCCGAGGUCUUUCCAAAAGUUCCAUCAUUCUGUGGUACCAUAGGUCACCUUGCAGAUCCAGCCUGCUACAGUGAUGGAUGGCAAAUAUCGCAUGCUUAAGCCUGGGUUUCUUACAUUGCCGCUAAACAACAGAAAUAUGUAGGAUGAUGGGGGCAAAAAAACCUCAAGUAAAUGAACAUAACACUAGGGAAUGUUGAUAAAGCUUGUGGCAGCCUUCCCAAUUCUCACAGUUGUUUUGUUUUGUUGUUGUUUAAUGUCCUUUUUCUGUGGCGUGUUCCCAGUGUUUAUUUUCCAUGUGCUCUGUAUGUAAAGUCUGGUUUUCAUUAAGCUGUGGCCAGUAUUUGCUACUAGAACAGAAAUACACUGUCACAUUUGCUAGAACAGAACUACAUUGGGGCCUCUCCUUUCCUAAGAAGCGAUGCUGGGCUUUGUAGACUUUACUUUGUAAAUGGUACAAGAUGGCAGAACCCAUGCAUUUCAAGGGCUGGGACUAUUAAGAGCUGACGUAAGCACUUGCAGGUUGCAGAGAGCGAAAUGACAAGUAAGUACAUGCUAUUAGCAUUGAGGAGUGUUGACAAAUGCACUUGUUUGGGAACCAAAGAUAGCAUUUCUGAUGACAAGUUGUAGGAGUAUACUGCUGGAGAGAGGGUACACUGGAAGUCAGUUAGUCCAGACGCCCUGCCUAUUAGCAGAGUGCCAACCAGCCCUGAGUGCGAAAUUCAAGUUCAGUGUGUGUGCUUGUGUGUGGUGUGCUUUACGGACCCGCAUAUACUAUAUUCAUUAGUGAUGAUAAGACCUUUCACAGAAUCCUAUAACCAUUAGUGGGUUGAGUUUUGAAUCUCAGGACAUCAGCCAGGAGGAGUCAGAUCGCAGGGGGCUGAUGUCUACUGGGAUUAUACUCACGUGAUCCAGACAAAACAAGUUGAGGAGGGUCUAUAUUUUCAUUUUUAUCAGAAUUGUAUCUCAUUUGGUUGUGCAUUACUUUUGUUCAAAUGUGUUACCUGUAAACCCAUGUGUAGUGAAAUUCUUCUGUAACUUUGGAUUAAAGGUAUUUAUGGUCUUUCUGUUUGUUUGACUUUUUUCGGUAAGUUAUUUCUUUCGUAGACCUGCUGAUGGUGUGUUUCCAUCCUUCUGACCUCAGCUUCUGAUUUUUUUUAAGGACUUUUGUUUCCAAUAUCGUUAUUUUAAAUUGUGGUUGAAGCAAUAGAAAAUUGAAAUAUGGAUUGUGCAUGACUGUGUCUUGAGUGUAAAAAUAUUGCAGUUUGAAACUUGGACCUAAAGUAUUGCAAAUAAAAAUGA